CCUGACUCUUACGCUCAGAGUCGAUGCAACCCAAGUGUUUCUGUGAGUAUAUGGGGAGGAAGAAGAACUGCAGACGCUUUCUUUGUGGAACCAAGUACAAACCGACAACACAGAGAUUGCUGAACGUCCAUUGAUGCAGGUGUGCUUACCGUUGGUGUCUUCAGAAACGCUGCAGAGAGAGGGAACAGCCAUGAGUCUGCUGUGAUAAUGAAUCGCAGCAGGGCAGAGACGAGCAGAACUCAAAGAUGUGGUAACUACAACAACGUAGUGGAGCCCGAGUACGACGUGGUGGACGACCACGAGGGAGUGCACAGGGUGCACAUAUUUCCUGCCAGGCCGAUAAAUGAUGAGAGAGAGUAUGCAGACAGGGAUCUUCCAAGGUCAUCAUCUGCUCAGAGCCUUUCAUCACUCGCCACUGUUAAUUCUGACAUCCUUCCCAGACGUCCACUCAGAGAAACCUCACAUACUACAGGGCCUGCUAUCAAUAGAAACUCGAAGCCUGGCAGACAAAGGACCAAAUUAGAUAAGAAGUUGCCCCCUGUGCCACACCAGCACUCCCACAGGAGCCCUCCAUCACCUUCAGCCUUAACCAUGGAGUUGGUCAAUCACUGGGCUGGAAUGACUCUAAACAAACCCUGCAGGAGAGACAGACCACAAAGGACAGCCAAGCAAGCACAAUUCAAUUCAUAUGCCAAAGGUCCAAAUAGUCCUGAAAGUGUUUCAGCCCCCGACACCCUUCAAAGACGUUCCUGGGAUUUGGAGAGUUUUAACAUGGAAAGAAGAUCACAUCAAAGUCUAGAAAGGGUGCCAUCCAAACGCCAUCACCAUGAGUGGCCUCAAACUAAAGAAGACUUUGACCAGCAUGACUUUGUUCCAAUGGAAAAGCCUCAACAGACCUACUGUGAAGAAGACUGGUAUGUUGGGGCUUGUAAUCGAGCAGAUGCCGAGCACGCCUUACACCUGGUGAACAAGGAUGGAGCAUUUUUGGUGCGUGACUGCUCCAUCAACACCGACAGUGAACCCUUGGUACUGGUUGUGUAUUAUGACAAGAAGGUUUACAAUGUGAAGAUUCGGUUCAUCGAGUGCAUCAACAAGUACGCACUGGGAACAGGACAACGCUCAAAUGAUAUGUUUGACUCUGUGGCAGACAUCGUCAAGUUCCACUCCAUAUUUCCAAUAAUACUGGUCAGCGGGAGAAACAUGCCUGGAAACAAAUACCCAGAAAACUGUGUGCUGACAUUUCCAGUAACGAAAAGGGAUGUUGACCAGCUGCUACGAUAACAAAUUACAUGUGCACCUUUCCACAUCUUUUCAAAGAAAAUGUGUUAAAUCCCACAUGGUUCCUCACAUCCUGCUGUGUAGCUAUGAAACCCAAGCAUCGACUAAAGGCGUAUCAUCAUUUUGAGUCAACUGGGAAAAAGAAAAAAAAAACACAUUGUAUACAACUGUGUGGUCAAAAGUGAAUUUCAUUCAUAGCUAACAAUUAUUUUGGUUGGUUAACUGUAAGCAAUUCAACUAUUUUUAAUUAACUGUUUAGACUCAAAAAUGUCAAGAAAAUACUAAUAAUGUCCAUCAUUAUUUCUUCAAGACCAAGUUGCUGUGUAAGUUUUUUUUUUCUUUUAAGUGUAUAGAAUUUUUCAAUACAGCCCUUUUAAGGUAAUGUCCACAAAAUCACUUUUUCCUUCUUUGCGCCAAAAAAUCUCCACUUCAGUAGUAGAUACACAAAACUUUCCAGUUUUAUUCCUAUCUAUAGUGUUAAGGUUUACACAAAGGUUGUAUAAAUUCUGAUUUUUGGAGUGAUGAAAAGAGAUAUCCCAAACCCUCUCUGUAAAAACACUUGUCACUAACAUUUAGUUUAGUUUAGAAAAUGAAACUUAAAAGUAAAAUAAACUGCAGAUGGUUUUAUCAAAUAAAAAAUAUUGCACAUUAGACCGUUUUAGAUGCAUAAUACCUUAUUUUCAUAUUUAAACAUAAGUCUUGUAAGUAAUUACCUGGAGAAGUUCCAUGCUGAUAUCAGUUACUUAAAACAUUUUAAAAAUCUACCCUUAAAUACUUUGGCCAACUAAAUCAAUUCUGGCUACCGAAAUCAAAAUGAUCAGAUAGACAGCAUGAUAAUAGAUUUUUUUAGGGGAACAGACUAUUCUCUUUUUUUCCUUUUUUUGGCAGAAAUUAGUUUUAACCUUUUGUACUUACUUUACUUUAUAAGGCUAGCUAGCACAUGAGCUAGCUGUCAGAUGUGUUGACAAGAAAUCGGAUUUAUGAUUAAAAGAAGCUGAAUUUUUCUUAUGCGCUACUUACAGAUAUAAAAUAGUGUAGACAAAGGCAGAAGUUAGACUGACUGUGAAUGAAUCCCAUAAGUUAGCAAAUUCCCAUCAACAGGUUUGUUAGCUUAUCUGUUAGCGAGUAGCAACUGUAAUUAGUUAAUUAGUUGCCGUGGAUACCAACAAGCCGCCUAAGGUGCUUAAAAUGUCGACCGAACAACCAUCAGAGAUGUGCGUAAUUAUAAUUCACUGAAGUAACAAUACCAUGGUUUAUAAUACAAGUAUUAAAAUUAUAAUGAGUAUAUUAAUUAUUAGCCUUAAUAAUCCAUUAAAGUGUAAUCAGGCUCAGAUCAUCUUUGCAAUCUGCUGUGACAAACAGUCGGCCUUUUCCCUUCAAGAUAUUUUGCCAUGUUAUUUGCUUGAGUCCAUUUAUGUUGUUAUGCUGAUACUGUACACAAUGGUAAAGACUCUUUCAUUAAUAUUGUUAGGAAUACCUGUGCUGUUUCAUUAUACAGAUGUCGUCAUGCAGUAGGGUUUCAGAUCCUCACAGUACGGACUUAGUGUGAGACAGGAUUGAUAAUAAUCUUGAAAACUUUGUGUAAUGCAAUUGUGCUGAAUAAAAGGGAACAGGCCAUCAGAA